AUGAUCGUCCGCGCCCUCAAGCGGCUGGAGGACUACGUUGACCUGUACAUCGCCGACAUGGGCAUGGGCAAAGAGGGCUGGCACUUCACCGACAGCCCCGAGGCCGCCAAGUACGGUGUUCUCCCCGAGGAUCCCGUGUACGGUUUCAAGACCAUCAAGGAGCUCUACCUCAAGGCAAGUCCCGGGUAUGAGGGCCGUGUGACGGUGCCCGUGCUUUGGGACAAGAACGCACACACACUUGUCAGCAAUGAGUCGAGCGAGAUCAUUCGCAUGCUGUACACUGAGUUCGACCAUCUCCUUCCUGAGGCGGACCGCGAAGACAACAGGCCCGGCGGCGGGCUGUACCCUCAGAAGCUGCAGAAGGAGAUCGAUGAGAUUAAUGUUUGGGUGUACCACACCGUCAACAACGGGGUUUACAAGUGCGGCUUUGCGUUCACGCAGACGGCGUAUGAGGAUAACGUCGACCAUUUGUUCCAGUCGUUAGAUCGCUUGGAGAGCAUCUUGGAAAACAGGCCCUUCCUAUUGGGAGACCACAUGACCGAGGCCGAUGUACGACUGUUUCCCACUAUUGCGAGAUUUGACGUGGCAUAUGUGCCCAUCUUUCAGUGCAAUUUGGGCACCAUCCGAAACGAUUAUCCCAACUUGCAUCUUUGGUAUCGGAGGCUUUACUGGGACCAGAGUAAGAGGACCCAUGGCGCCUUCUUCAACACCACGGACACCUGGAUUUCGAGGUUCAAGGAGGGGUAUGGUAACGCCAGAGCGAGGGUUUUGGGCAUCCAGGGGCCGCUCAUCAUUCCGAAGGGACCUCGCGUGUUGAUUCACGAGCUUAAGGACGAAGAGAAGUUGUAA